GCAAAUUUACUGAACAUGGCUAAAUUGAGUAUCAAAGGACUUAUUGAAUCAGCUUUGAGCUUUGGCCGCACUCUGGAUUCUGACUACCCACCUUUGCAGCAGUUUUUUGUUGUCAUGGAGCACUGCCUGAAGCAUGGCCUUAAAGUGAGAAAAUCCUUUCUAAGCUACAAUAAAACCAUCUGGGGUCCUCUGGAACUUGUGGAGAAAUUAUAUCCAGAAGCUGAGGAAAUAGCAGCAAGUGUCAGAGAUUUGCCUGGCCUUAAAACACCGCUGGGCCGUGCCCGGGCCUGGUUACGGUUAGCACUAAUGCAGAAGAAAAUGGCUGACUAUCUUCGGUGUUUAAUCAUUCAGAGAGAUCUUCUCAGUGAAUUUUAUGAGUAUCAUGCACUAAUGAUGGAAGAAGAAGGAGCGGUUAUUGUUGGGCUUUUGGUUGGGUUGAAUGUGAUAGAUGCUAACCUGUGCGUGAAAGGAGAAGACCUGGAUUCACAAGUUGGGGUGAUUGAUUUCUCUAUGUAUUUGAAGAGUGAGGAAGACAUUGGGAGUAAGGAAAGAAAUGUACAGAUUGCUGCCAUUUUGGACCAGAAGAAUUAUGUUGAAGAAUUAAACAGGCAAUUGAAUAGCACAGUUAGCAGUCUUCAUGCAAGAGUUGAUUCACUAGAGAAAUCGAACACUAAACUGAUAGAAGAGUUAGCGAUAGCCAAAAACAAUAUAAUUAAACUUCAGGAAGAAAACCAUCAACUGAGGAGUGAAAAUACUCUCAUUUUAAUGAAAGCACAACAUCACCUAGAGGCAACUAAGGUGGAUGUUGAAGCAGAGCUUCAGACAUACAAACACUCCAGGCAGGGUUUAGAUGACAUGUACAAUGAAGCACGUAGACAGCUUCGAGAAGAAUCGCAGCUUCGACAAGAUAUGGAGAAUGAGCUAGUGGUUCAAGUUAGUAUGAAACAUGAGAUAGAACUUGCCAUGAAGUUGCUGGAGAAGGAUAUCCAUGAGAAGCAGGAUACCCUCAUAGGCCUUCGACAGCAGCUUGAUGAAGUUAAAGCAAUUAACAUGGAAAUGUACCAAAAGCUGCAGGUUUCUGAAGAUGCAAUGAAAGAAAAGAAUGAAAUAAUUGGUCGAUUAGAAGAUAAGACCAAUCAAAUUAAUGCAACUAUGAAGCAACUAGAACAAAGAUUGCAGCAAGCAGAGAAGGCUCAGAUGGAGGCUGAGGCUGAGGAUGAGAAACUUAAACAGGAAUAUGUGAACAAAUCUGAAGGUCUGCAGAAAGAACUUUCCCAGAAGGAGAAGCAGCUGCUUCAGCUGGAAACCGAUUUGAAGAUAGAAAAAGAGUGGCGGCAAACCUUAGAGGAUGAUCUCCAAAAGGAAAAGGAAACUGUAUCUCAUCUGAGAAUAGAGACCCAAGAAAUAGUUAACCUUAAAAAAGAGUUCCUCAAACUUCAGGAAAAGAACAAGCAAUUGAAGAGGAUAUGUCAGGACCAAGAAGCUGCUCUGGAAGAACUGGCAUCCAAGCUGAGCGAAUCAAAGCUGAAAAUAGAAGAUAUAAAAGAAGCAAACAAAGCAUUGCAGGGCCAGGUUUGGUUGAAGGACAAAGAGGCUACACAUUGCAAGUUAUGUGAAAAGGAAUUUUCUCUUUCCAAAAGGAAGCAUCAUUGCAGGAACUGUGGGGAGAUCUUCUGUAAUGCCUGCUCUGACAAUGAACUGCCUCUGCCUUCUUCACCAAAGCCUGUUCGCGUCUGUGAUUCCUGCCAUGCAAUACUUAUACAGAGGUGCUCUUCUAAUGUGCCAUAAGAUUAUUGUAC